AUGAUCAUCUUUCGUGAUUUACCAAAUCAAAAUGCAGAAGAUUUUUUGUUAAAAAUCCAAAAUUUCGCCAAGCAGUCUCAAUCAAAAUUAUCGCAAAAACUGCAUGUCUGUGCAUUACCAAAUAUUUCCAGUACAAAUGAUCGAAAUGUUAAAAUCGCUGUUGAAACUUUACGUAGAAAUAUUUUAACACAAAUAAAAGAAGAAAUAAACACAUUCAUUGGCAAAGAUGGAGUAAUAGUAAAUUUACAAAAACUGCUGAAAAAAGAUUAUGUCGACUAUUUAAAAACAAUGGAUGAUAUUAUUCAACCAUUGAAAAAAAGCUUAUUACAAAAAAAUGAGCAUCAAAGAGAACAAAAUUUUCCACUAUACUUGAAAUUUCGAGAAUUAUGCAAAUUACGACAAAAAUUGAAAAAGAUUGACUUCUAUGGUUCAGAAAGUGAAAGUAUGUUUGAAGUUAAUUCUCAGUUAUUUAAAUUAGAAAAUGAAUUGGAUCCUAAUACAAAGACACUCUCUCCAAUGAAAUGUGGUUAUGUUUUUGAUUUAUUUAUUGAUAUAUUAAAAUCAAAAAAUAUGUUAAUGAGUUUGGAUUUAUUAGCAUCGGAAUUGAAAAGCGAAUUAACAAAUUUAGGUGGAGAUAAAUUAGCUGGUGAUUUAUCAAUUGAAAACUCAUUUUUGUCAUUGGAAGUACUCUGGCGUAAUUUAAUGGUUUGUUAUCAACAUACAACAGUUGAUACACAGAAUUUAAUAAGAAAAUCUUAUUAUGCUUUUGUUGCAGCAGGUUUUCCAUUUGAAAUUAUAGAUGGUGAUAAUUUUUAUUUUCAACAACAAUUUUUAACUGAAAUUUUAAAUGAAUUUCAUUCUCAACGAAUAUUGAUUAUUAGUAUUAUUGGUCCACAAAACAGUGGUAAAAGUACAUUAUUAAACUACAUGUUUGGAACAUUGUUUGAUGUUAGAGAAGGACGUUGCACACGAGGGAUUUAUGGUUCAUUAGUCAAAAUAAAUAAAUUGAAUCAGAUGACUGAGAAUAUUUUUAAAAAAUAUUCACAUGAUGAAACCGCAGAUAUUGAUUAUAUUAUGUUAAUCGAUACGGAAGGUUUAUUAUCGAUUGAAAAGGGUGAUAAAGAAUACGAUCGACGUUUAGUUUUAUUUUGUUUAGCUAUAUCACAUUUAGUUAUCGUUAAUAUGAUGGGUGAUAUCAAUGAAACAUUAAAAGAUAUGUUAACAUUAUGUGCAGAUUCAUUAAAACAAAUUGGUGUUAAUACUACCAAUCAACCUAUCGUUCAUUUUGUUUUAAAUCAAAAAGCUGAUCCAAAUAUAGAAAAUCAUAUGGAAGCUAUUAAAAAAAUACUCAGAGAUUUAAAAGAAAACAAAUUAGCUGAAGUUAUUGAUAUUAGUUUAAAAACAUUUCAUACAUUACCAUCAGCAUUUAAAAAAGAACGUGUAUCAACUGAUACUAAAAGUUCAUGUUUUAUACGUACAGAGCCAGAUUUUAUUGAACGUACACAACAGUUAUGUGAAAAAAUUCUUGAAUCAGCUAAAUCAUCUUAUGGACGAUCUGGUGAUACGUUCUCGAAUCCACCAAAAUGGCUUCGAACAGCUGUUACUAUAUUUGAUACGUUACAGAAAUUUCCAGAUUUAACUUAUUUUAAAGAUAUUAAUGAACGUCGACAAGAUGAUCAAAUACGAAAAUAUAUUGGUGAUCUUAUAUCAAAUAGAUUAUCAGCAACUUAUCGUGAAAACAUGAUCAAAGAUACAUGUGAAUUAACUGAGAAUGAAAUACGAAAAAAUUUUCAAGCUCAAUUUGAUGUUCAUCAAAAUGAUUUCGAUAAUGAUUUAGAAAAUAUUUUUAAAUUUACAAAUGCAUCUGAGCGUAUCAGAGAGAGAUGCAGACAAUUUUUAAAACGACAAGUAACAGAAAUUUGUAAUGUAUGGUGUACAGCAGCUAUACAAACGCAUGAUAAAAAACAAAUGAAACGUUUAGUUCGAGAUGGUUCUGACGAUCUCCGUCAUCUAAUUGAAGAUAUUAUCAAAAGUGGAAAAACUAUGACUAAAGAAAAAGCAAAACAAGAAUUUGAAAACAUGUGGGAGAAAAAGAUUACAUCAAUUGAAAGUAAUUUUAAAGCAGAAGAACGAUUAAAACAAGCUAUUAAAUUUGUUUAUGGAAAUUAUAAUAUUUUCGAAAAAGAAUCUCUACCAUCUCAUCAGGUCGUAAUUAGUCAACUGGAAUUCAUUCAUGAACUAAGUGAAAAACAAGAUCUGAAAGAUGUUAUCGUUUCAAUACAGAAUUCCUCUGCAGAUAAUGUGUCUAGAUCACGGGAAGGUGCUUUAGAACAUUCUAGGCAAAAAUCCGAUGCCACUGCUGUAUACACAUUCGCAACUCUUCACAAUUUUAAAUAUUUAUAUAAAGAAAGGUUAACCAAUUAUUACACCACAGGAACCAUGAAUCAACAAACGUCUAUGAUGCAAGAAAGUGGAGUACAUCAACCACAUGAACAAUCUCAUCAAAAAGAAACCUCAAAAUCCAAUUCUAUGAAGAGACACGUAAGCACAGUAGCAAACCAUUUGGGUUUUGCACCAUGGUCAAAGACUUCAACUGAAAGCUCCACAACUACUAAUCCAAUAUCAUUACGAUUCGAUUUUAUAAAGACUGUCCAUAAUAGAAUCUGGACAGAAAUGACUGAUGAUCCUAACGCUAAGUCAAACAUAUUGAAUAUUCCAGAGCUCUUUUGCAAAAUUAUCGACGAUACAACAGCAAUAGUACAUGGACAUGAUACGGUUCAUCGACCAAUUGAAGUUGACCUUGUCCAAAAAAUUGUCGGAUUCAUUAACACUUAUAUCAAUGAAAUCAAUCAAGAAUUACUUGUUUUUAACUUAUUACUAUCAAAACAAAUUAAAUCAUCAAUUCAUAUUUCUAUUUUGAUUCUAUUAACAAUAAUUUAUUAUGAUGAACAAAAAAAUCAUUUUAGGCUACAACUUUCAAUAUUGGACAAAGAAAAAGAUUCAUUAUUAACUUAUUUUAUUAGUAUGGUUGUACCCGAUGCAGAAUGUGAUCAAAUCGGUGCAGAAAAUCUUGUAAAUAAGAUUCGAAAUACUAUUCAAUCGAAUUUAAUGCGUGAUGGACAAAAAAUUCUAUUACGUAUUAUUGAAACAUUACAAAUUUUAAAUCGAAAACAUAUUCAAAGACUUUGUGAUGGAAAAUUAUUAGCUGCGGCAUCAGACGAUGAAUGGCUAUUCCGUUAUAUUGUUGCACCAAAUGAAAUUAUUGAAGAAGAAUUCAAAAUAUUAUGGAAAGCAGUUGAAGAAACAAUUAAUCAGCAAUUAGCUAGAGAAAAAAGUCAGUGA